AAAGCCUUGCAGGCCUUUACCUUUGAAAGGACUCCCAUAGCUGGGACAGGAACCUUCUGCCUGCAGUUACACCCCUGAUGGGUGAGUGCUGAGGGUGCCUGCCCAGCUUUCCCCUCUGUAACGGGAGCCAGCCACCUCCCAGCAGCAAACCUCAAGCAUCCCUUCCAGGCCCUGAGGAUCCUCCCAAUACUUCCUUCACUGCAGAUGGGCUCUCCAAUGCAGAAGGCUGCCCUCCCCUGCCUGAGUUUCAUCCUGCUUGUCUGGAGCUGGGCACCAGGGGUCCAAGGCCAAGAAUUCCAAUUCGGGUCCUGCCGAGUGAAGGGAGUAGAUUUCCAGGAACUAUGGGAGGCCUUCCAAGCCAUGAAGGACAUUGUGCAAGCUCAGGAUAACAUCACAAGCAUCCGGCUACUGCGGAGGGAGGUUCUGCAGAAUGUCUCGGACACUGAAAGCUGUUACCUGAUCCGUGCCCUGCUGAAGUUCUACUUGAAUACCGUUUUCAAGAGCUACCACGAGAAGGCAGCUGAAUUCCGGAUCCUGAAGUCAUUCUCCACUCUGGCCAACAAUUUUAUUUUCAUCGCAUCAAAACUGCAACCCAGCGUGAGUAGAACAAAGCUGGGCCCAGGAGAGAGUGCACGCAGGCGGUUUCUGCUCUUCCAGAGGGCAUUUAAACAGUUGGACAUAGAAGCAGCUCAGACCAAAGCCUUUGGAGAAGUGGACAUUCUCUUGACCUGGAUGCAGAAAUUCUACCAGCUCUGAAUGCCUACACCAGAAUACCCUCCUUGUCCGCCAUGUCAUUUCAAAAGAGUGACCCUUCCUGUAAUGUUCCCUGGGCACUUCACACCCUUGACCACGGGUCCCAUUCUUGGUCCAGGCUUAUCCUCGAAGACUUUAUUCUUUAAGUGGUCCCAAAGACAGUCAUGGAAUGGAAGGUUACCUGGAAUGCUGUGAAUAAUCUACAAAGCAGGUUCCCGUAUUUAUUACAACUCUAUUUAAAUCCCAUCAGUGUUUUAGCUGAUGUUAUAUUUAUUUAUGAGAGAAAGUUCUGUGAAGGCUGCAGAGACAGCUCUCUGUUCCUCUCUUUGAUUCUCCAUGAUCUUUGGAACCACAUGGAACAGUGGAUGGUGCUCAGUAAAUGCUUAAUAAACUGUUUUUUUUU